UUUGGAGUCGCGGGGUGGUUCUGUUACUGUGUUUGAAAACCUCGAGUGAGAUCAUAUUACAACGGCGAGUUUCGCUGUGAGGCACGAGCACAGCAAUGAAACAAACAAGAAAAUAUUACACAAAAACUCAAAAAAAAAAAAAUCAGUACAGAUGAAAUUAUUUGCAUUUGGGAGAUGAGGGUAUAGUAAGUUUAUAUUUGGGGGUUUAAUACAUCAUGUUAUAAAGUAGUUUCAGUCCCGUUCAUUUUAUUGUAUUUUGUAUUUUAUUUAUUACUGCUUAGCUUCGGGAAACACUCCACUGACAGACAAAGUCCCGUUUCCUCUGAGAGGAUUAGACUUCCUCUCUGGAAAUAAUUUGACACUUUCUAGUUUAGUCUGCGGCAAAAUUCUCACACAGCCUCCCAGUUCUGUAAAACGUAAAACUGCACUCAGGACUGGUCGGUCUGGCCCCGUCCCCUUUCUCCUGCUUCCCCCCUCAGACAGACAGACAGACAGACUGACUGACACACUGCUUGCUGUGAUCUGUGGUGAGGUUCCCUUCCCGAGUACGGGCUUAUUUUUAGCAGCUAGCAGCGGGGAAGAUGCACAUUGCCAAAAAAGUUUGAGCGGACGGCAAAGCUUUCGUUGUUACUUUACUGGAAAAAAAACUAAGCAAAACAACAUUUUUGAGGAAGUGAGAUUUUUUUGGGAGAUUAAUUUUGGUCACGGACUGGAUUGCACAGUGGCGAAGAGGCUUUCGUAUGACCGGUUAUAUCAUACUGAUGAAGGAGGGCAGAGGCCGUUAGCCACCGGGACCCCUCUCUGAGCCCCGUGGCUGUGUGUGUGGGACUCGCAAACAGUUCGGUGAGUGUGUGUGUGGGACCGGGGACCCCAGGCUCAUCCCCUAGUCCCGAAGCGAUGGGGUGCGGGCUGAGGAAACUGGAGGAUCCGGAGGAUAGCAGCCCCGGGAAGAUUUACUCCACACUGAAGAGACCGCAAGUCGAGACCAAGACCAACACGGUGUACGAAUACACAAUGCUGGAUUUCACACUGGAAGGCUCCUCAAACCCGACUGUGCUCCGGAUCGGCUCCCUGCAGGAUCUCCCCAGUGAGUUGGAGCAGUACUACAGGAAGGGGUUUGUCCUGACCGCCUUCCACCCAAUCGUCCUGUCCGUGGGGCGGAGACGGCAGCUGCCAAUCAGCCUGCUGUACCGUGCCGUGCUGGCCCGUCCCCAACCCAGCUCCAAGCACGCCAGCCCUGCAGGCCACAGCGCCCCCCGACUGCUGGUGGAGGAGUGGCCACAGCCCGGAGACACGCUGAGCAGCGACGUGGUGAGGGGCCUGCUGGACAAGGUGAACGGCUGUGCCCAGCGAGGGCUGCGAUUCCUGGGCUUUGUGCCCCAGCAGGGAGGGGGCACGCUGCGGAGCUGCAACGGAGGGGGUCCCUGCAGCCGGGGGUCCCCCAGCGGACUGUCCUGUGAGAGUGGCAUCGAGGACGAGACACCCCCCGAGUACGGAGGCUUCAACGAGGGGGGGGGUAGCCCUCAGCCCUCACACCGCAGGGAGGAGACCAAGCUGUUUGCCCUGUUCCACUCCUGGGACUCUGCCUACCCUGCCUGGCUGGCACGGGAUGAGGACACACCGUCCUGGACCUACCACCAGGGGGAGCUCUCCAUGAAGGUGACACGCAAGGGGCAGGCCAUCAGCAUGCUGGAAGCUGAUUGGCUGGAGCUCACCACCGCCUACUACAAGAAGGGCUGGUCAUUGGUGGAUUCCUUUGUGUACUGGGAGACACCCAAAGGAGAGCCGGUGCCCAGGUCUCUGGAAGGUCUGUUUUUGUAUGAGGAGCGAGGGGCCUCCACAGCACCCCCUGCAGGCAACGACACCAUCAUAGUGGAGCAGUGGACUGUCAUCGAGGGCUCUGAUGUCAAGACAGAUUAUGGACCCCUGGUUCACACCCUGGCAGAAUUUGGUUGGCUGCUGACCUGUGUGCUCCCCACCCCCCUAAUCCGCCAUGACAGUGAGGGAAACCUGGCCACCAAGCAGGUGGUGUUCCUGCAGAGAGCCGUGCGAGACCCCGCCCCGUCCGAGAAGCGUGCCCCUCGCUCCCCACGCAGUGAGGAUGUCAGCGUGCACACGGCGAGCCGUGGGGUGGGCGGGGCCGGGCGCGAUGACCUCACAGGGGGGUUCCCAAGGUUCGGGGGGUACCCCAGCGCGCUGAGAGACCUGGAGGAAGGGGGCUUUGAGCAGGAGGAGGGGGCUGCAGAGGUCACCUGCAUGUAAGGCACAGAGUCUUGGCACUGCAGCUGGCGUCAGCAUUGCAUCAGGGCUGCUGCAGCCGCAGGUACUGUAGACUCUGACGCAUUGGCACUGCAAUUAGAGCUUGGCUUUAUGGGGUAAAUGAGAGCCAGGACCAUAGCGCUUUCUCUGCAGUAUAUAAAGGACAGCUUUACAAAAGAGGGAGAACCAGGAACCAGUCCAUACACAGCCGUGCCCAGCUGCCUGCAGCCCUGCUGGGGGAGUGGUCUGGUGCAAACAGACCUGGACCUGGAGGGGCUGGUGCUGUUUGAGGAGCCCCUUUGGGAUAUACUGGAUACCUCCAAUCUGCGACACCAGACCUUUACUCUCAAGAUCCCCCUGUACCUUCUCCCGUCCCCUUCAUGUGAGGUCAGCAGGGGAGCAAGCCUGCUGAUACUGCCCAUGUAGUACUGGACUGGGCAGGACUGAUUUCAGAGAUGUGGAAAAAUAAAUUCAGACAUUGCCGUGGCUAAAAUAGCUUCUCCCCUUCAUGACAAAAAACAGGAUGUCAGUCACACAGCAGGAUGUAGGAUGUAUAUACAGCAUUUUCAAAAACACGGGUUUGAGAAGAUGAGGAAGAGGCGGUCUGCCUUUUUAAACGGUUUGAGUAUGGAACACAGAGCAUGGUUUAAAGAUCCGGUUUAAGGUGGUGGUGGUGUUUUUCUUUCGUCUCUAAUUGGACGCAGAACUUCAAACACCUAAUGCCACCUGGUGGACCAUUGUUCUAACUGCAGCCUUCACGGUUGACUUUCUGGAUUUCCCCUCAAUGUUGUGCAGCUGCACUCUGAUGCUUUCUUUCAUUUGUCUUUUAUUUGCUUUUAUUCCACUGUGCAAGCUGGACAAUAAAGUGCCACCGCUACCACCGAAUAAUUGAGAAAUGACUUGGAAUGGUCACUUACUGAAUCCGACGUCCACACAGAAUGGUACGUUUCUCCCUGGAGCGUACAGGAGACCUCGUCUAUUAGCUUCUUCUCUUCCUUUUCAUAUAUAUGACAACAUUUCACAUUAUUAACGGGAUUUCCAUUAGAAAAAUACAAAAAUUAAAAGUACUGUAACUUUUGGGAGUUUGUAUCAGUAAUGUUUUGUAUUCAGAAGUUGUUUCUGUUCUGAUGUUAAUUUUUGAAUAAACCUCUUUGCAUAUUAAAAUAA